CUGAGAAGGAGAAGGUAACAGGAGGUUUGGCUACUGAUGUAUUAGAGGUGGACGCUACCUGAUGGAGCUAGAAGGAACCAGCCAGCCAUGACUCCGGUUCAGAGGGAUAACCAAUUGGCUGAUAGAGUAACAAAUCAAAAGUAACUCGACGCCACUGACCCGCUUAAGCUCGCAUGGGAACGAAGGAAAGGAGCAGCCGUUUACUCUGAAAGAGCGGAACAGCUUGAGAAAAUGGCAUGUAACAUACCUAACCAAAGACAGCGGACUAUGUCAACAUCUGGAGAAGCUCUAUAUGAAAUUCUUGGUCUGCAUAAGGGAGCAUCAAAUGAAGAAAUUAAGAAAACCUACAGAAAACUGGCCUUGAAACACCAUCCAGACAAGAAUCCAGAUGAUCCAGGUGCUGCUGAGAAGUUUAAAGAAAUCAACAAUGCCCACACAAUACUUACUGACAUGUCAAAAAGAAACAUAUACGACAAGUACGGAUCACUGGGACUCUAUGUGGCCGAGCAAUUUGGAGAUGAAAAUGUUAAUACCUACUUCAUGCUGUCAAGCUGGUGGGCAAAGACUUUGUUUGUCAUCAUUGGCCUCUUGACCGGCUGCUAUUUUUGCUGCUGUCUGUGCUGCUGUUGCAACUGCUGCUGUGGACGCUGCCGGCCUAAAUCGUCGAUGCCAGAAGAGGACUUCUAUGUGUCCCCAGAGGAUCUUGAGGAACAGAUCAAGACUGACAUAGAAAAAGAUAUGGACUUUCCAGUUGUCCUCCAGCCUACAAAUGCAAAUGAGAAAACACUGCUAAUCAGAGAAGAACCUCGAAGUUAUUGUACAGACUCUUAAUACUGAGCCCAUUGAGGGUCCACAGUACCUCCUCUUGGUUCAGUCAUGUCUCCAGGUGGUCUUGAUGGGGGAGGGUAGGGGACAUGAAAUGCUGUGAACUUUUCCACAUUUGUAUUUUAUUUUUAGGUUAAGGAAAGAUGAUUGCUACAUAAUUUUCUCAGUAUGCAGAUUCACUCUUUGAGUAGAACUCCUAAUGGAAACACACAUUCCAUUUUAAUGAAUAAAGGCCUGAAGAGUUGU